AUGGCUUCCUCCAAGCAGUUGGCCGCGUGGCUCCUUAUUGGCCUCGCCACUGCAGGCUUGCUGCUGCCAGCUUUGAUAAUCCUGGUACUUCGACCACAGGAAGCGAGGAAAGUGUACGAGGCAGUUCAUACAACAGCCCCCCUCGACAUCUACCUGGUGUUGGACGCCAGUGGAUCCGUCGAUAAGAGCGACUGGCGUGAGAGCUUGCUGUUCGCAAGAGACCUGUCAGUUCAACUGAAUGCAUCUGUCCCGCAGUUCCGUGCUGGCUUGGGGCAGUUUUCCAGCAACUUCCAUGACAUCUUCCCGGUGAGCGAGGAUGUGUCUCUGCUUGCAGCACUCCCUCAGGGUGUUGAGAAGAAAAGUGGUCGCACCGAAAUGGGCAAAGCUUUGUGUGGGAAUUCCUUCGACAGCAGCACCAAACAGGAGGAGGCCAAAGAUCGCUGUGUUGGCGGUGCCUACGGCACGCUGAUGGCAGCGCCGGCUCAGCUGCCAGGGGAUCUACCUCCAAAUUGCGAGGAGCUGUCCAGUUCCCGCCUGAUCAUCUUGGUCACUGAUGGAAGGCCUGGCCCGGACGACAAGUCCAAGUUGGCAUCCGCCUUCUUGAAGUCGGCAACCAACGUCACUGUCCUGGGCAUCUUGGUGAAGCACGAUGCCAAGGCCGUGGAGGGCGAGAUCCUGUACGCUCUCUCUUCCUGCUGCCCAGCGGAAUCCAUGACGGUCGCUGGUACCAACGACGUCCAUGUGGCUUGCGAGCUCCCGAUGAAUGAGAGCUGCCAUUACAUGGCUAGCAUGAAGGACUAUGCUGCUCUUCGGAGGAGUAUUGAUGGAAUUGUCCAGACCCUCGGUGACGAGCUCCAGUGCGAAGGAGUACAGGAGUCGGUCUCUUUCCUGCCGGACUCGCGCAGCUUGUGGUUUCUGGUGCUCCUGUUGCCUAUACUACUGCAUCAGAUCUGGCAGCGAUCUUUGCUCCGGAUCAGUAGCUCCUACAAGCCCAAAGAGGCUAACGGCUUGCCUCCGACAGAUGUGGAGAUGACGACGGAUGUCUCCAGAGAACAGGCGCGGUCACCAGCUGCUCCGACCACGGGCAGUGAGACGGCGGACGAGGCGAGGGCCUCGCAGGCCGCCGAAUCGGUGCAGGCAGAAUCUCGUGCGAGCGCAAAGGGCAAAAAAUGGGCCCCGGUUCGCACGGCCUACAUUAUCAAUGGAGCACGUGUUGAUGUGGACUAUGGCAGAUCUUCCAAUGCCCCUCCCCCGAUGGCACCCAACGCAGCGCGACGUGGGAAUUCUUUCGCCAGCAUCAAUGAUUUUCCCGAAACAGCCAUGCAGACCAUCCAAACUGGCACCGAUGCCGACUCGACGAGCGUGGCGGGCGUUAUCAGCUUCGUGAAUGCCGAGAGUUUGCCUCCAGAGGUGAGGCGCUUCAACUGCCACAUCUUCGUGCCUCUGCUUCUCACGUUGCUGAUGCUGCCUUUCGUGAUCAUGAAGAGCGGCAUCCUGUCUGUGCUCCUGGACUCCCCCGGGGGCAUCUCGAGCUCGAAGGUGAUCACCCGGAUCACUUUCUAG